CUUUCUUAAGUCAUUUGAAACAUUGUCCCUGCGAGUUCUUUAAGUUCCCUGCAAUCUGUACACAAGAGAAAGAGGGAGAGAGAGAGGGAGAGAGACAGAGAGCAAGGGAUCAGGUAAAGCACUGGGGUUGCUGCAGCCAUUCAGACUCAGGAGCUGGAAAAUUGCCAAGGAUGCAGAAGGAAAUGAAGAUGAUCAAAGAUGAGGAUGUGCAUUUCAAUCUGGGUGUGAAGAGAGCCCCCUCCUUUCCCCACUGCCUGCAGCCAGUGGUUUCCCGAGGGAAGGCUCCCCAAAGACACCCCUUCCCAGAAGCUCUCCGGGGGCCUUUUUCCCAAUUUCGGUAUGAACCUCCUCCAGGACACCUAGAUGGAUUCCCGGGGGUCUUUGAAGGAGGAGGGUCUCGAAAACGGAAGAGCAUGCCCACCAAGAUGCCCUACAGCCACCCUGCGGAAGAGGCCCCUCUCGCCCUCCACUCCGAGGACAGCAAAAACCACGGCCCUCCGAACCUCUCCCUGCUCUUCCCGCAGCCCCCGCGCCCCAAGUAUGACUCGCAAAUGAUCGACCUGUGCAACGUGGGCUUCCAGUUCUACCGCACCCUGGAACACUUGGGGGGCAAGCCGGUCAAGCAGGAGCCCGUGAAGCCCAGCGCCGUGUGGCCCCAGCCGACGCCCCCUCCGUUCCUGCCCGCGCCCUAUCCCUACUACCCCAAGGUCCCCCCGGGCCUCAUGUUCCCCUUCUUCAUGCCAUCGGCCUCCCCCUUCCCCUUCAGCCGGCACACCUUCCUGCCCAAGCAGCCCCCGGAAGCGCUGCUGCCUCGCAAGGCCGAGCCUCGGGAGAGCGAGGAGGCCAAGCAGAAGGUGGAGCGGGUGGACGUGAACGUGCGCAUCGAUGACAGUUACUACGUGGACGUGGGCGGGGCGCAGAAGCGCUGGCAGUGCCCCACCUGCGAGAAGUCCUACACCUCCAAGUACAACCUGGUGACCCACAUCCUGGGCCACAGCGGGAUCAAGCCGCACGCGUGCACCCGCUGCGGGAAGCUCUUCAAGCAGCUCAGCCACCUGCACACCCACAUGCUCACCCACCAGGGCACACGGCCCCACAAGUGCCAGGUGUGCCACAAGGCCUUCACGCAGACCAGCCACCUGAAGCGCCACAUGAUGCAGCACAGCGAGGUGAAGCCGCACAACUGCCGCGUGUGCGGCCGGGGCUUUGCCUACCCCAGCGAGCUCAAGGCCCACGAGGCCAAGCACGCCAGCGGGCGCGAGAACAUCUGUGUGGAGUGCGGCCUCGACUUCCCCACCUUGGCCCAGCUCAAGAGGCACCUCACCACUCACCGGGGCCCCAUCCAGUACAGCUGCUCCGAGUGCGACAAGACCUUCCAGUACCCGAGCCAGCUGCAGAACCACAUGAUGAAGCACAAGGACAUCCGGCCCUACAUCUGCUCCGAGUGUGGCAUGGAGUUCGUGCAGCCCCACCACCUCAAGCAGCACUCCCUCACCCACAAGGGUGUGAAGGAACACAAAUGUGGGAUUUGCGGGCGGGAGUUCACUCUGUUGGCCAACAUGAAGAGACACGUGCUGAUUCAUACCAACAUCCGCGCCUACCAGUGUCACCUGUGCUACAAGAGUUUUGUGCAGAAACAGACCCUCAAGGCACACAUGAUCGUUCAUUCUGACGUGAAGCCUUUCAAAUGCAAGCUGUGUGGGAAGGAAUUCAACCGGAUGCACAACCUAAUGGGCCACAUGCACCUGCACUCCGACAGCAAACCCUUCAAGUGUCUCUACUGCCCAAGCAAAUUCACCCUAAAGGGGAACCUGACACGCCACAUGAAAGUCAAGCAUGGAGUCAUGGAGCGGGGCCUCCAUUCUCAAGGUUUUGGAAGGGGGCGAAUCGCCCUGGCGCAGACAGCAGGAGUGCUGAGGGGUCUGGAGCAGGAAGAGCCCUUUGACCUUUCCCAGAAGCGUGGAGUGAAGGGGCCGGCAUUCCAGUCAGAUGGGGAGAGUGCCCGGGGCAGCUCCUGCCAUGAGGAAGAGGAGGAGGACAAUAGCUAUGAAGUGGGUGGAGACAGCCCCGGCCUGGAGCCCCAACCCAGGCAGCCCUGCACCCCCCAGGAUCUCACCACCCAGCCCGAGCAGGCUCCCAGGGUGCUUGAGGACACCUAUGAGGAGGAAAAGGAGGACAAGCCGAACAGAGAGCACCAGGAGAGGAGCAAGGACAGCCUGGGGGCAGAGGGCAGCCUGGAGAGAGAAUCUGCCCACAAGGAAGAGUGUCUCCGUCUCAGGGCUCUGCAGAGUGCUCGGAGGGGCCCCUCCUUUUCUGAUUACCUGUACUUCAAGCACAGAGAUGAGAGUUUAAAGGAAUUACUGGAGAGGAAAAUGGAAAAACAAGCAGUGCUUUUAGGUAUCUAAGUGGACAGCUCUAAAAUUACAUUUGGAAAAUGAGAAUAGGCAGUUCAAACAUAGCUUUCUGCACGAGCUGUCAUUUGCUGGAGACUGGCAAAUGGCGCAGAUCUUUACAAAUGGCCUGGACUAAACGAGCAGGGAUUGUCCUCACUAAUACACAUGCUUCUCAGGUCAUUCCUUGGGCCCUUGAUUUUUAACAUGCAUGCGGGGGCUUCUUCAGUGCUAUUUCAUGCUCCUCCAGUAUAAUAAGCUGUACAUAUUCUAGAUACCUAAUUCUAAGCAGAUGCUGAGGUGCUUUUAGAAAUUGUUUUCCUUUGACUAAUACAUAAUACAUGGUAGAUUUCUUUUUAGUUGCAAAAAUAUGGUGCUUGACAUGUUACCUUAUUAAUGAUGAUUUAGUUGAAUGUGUGGAAGUUAUAAUAUUUUUCCAGAUAGAUGAAAAUAUUAGUAGUUGUAUAUAUAAAAAUCACCUUUAUUGAAUCAUCCACAAUGCCAAAAAUGACAAAGGAGGGUGAGGUAUUGAAGAGAAUAUUCUCAAGUAGUUUCCGCAUGUUUAAGAAAACAGGAAUAAUUUUAACUAAUGAAAACCCGGCAGAACUUAGAUCCUUGCCUGGGUCUGCCUUGUUCUGCAGCAGCUUCCGUCAUCAGGUAUGGCUUGUGGCGCGCAUUUUCAGAUGGUCCCCAAAGUGGUCAAUGUGUCCCAGCUCACCCCUUGUGUCCUGAGCAGAGCCCCCCUCCUGGAGACCUUGCUCUGAGACCUCAUGCCCCACAAGGCAGCUGCAGGAAGCCUUAGGCGCAGUGGGUUUCUUCUCAGUGCCAGACCAGGGAUGUGGGGAGGAAUUCUUGAAAUCUGAUCACUGCUCAUUUAGAGUAUUAUGCUAACCAUCAGGUAGUUACUGGUAAGCAGAUUCUGGGCUGUGUUCUCAAAGCUGCCUGCAUAUCAGAAUCAUCUAGGGGAACCUUAAAAAAUAAUACCAAGGCUGAGCCUCAGCUGCUGAGAGUCUGAUUUCAUUGGUCUAGUGGAGCCCCAAUAUGGGUAUUUGUUUAAAAGUUUCCCCCAGGGGAUUCUUCUGUGCAGCCAGGGUUGAGAAAGAUGGACGAGGUUAAAAUGGUGGCUCCCAAGACUCCUCCCAGGGACUCCAUAAAUAUUUGUUUCUGCCUUCAGAUUCAUUAAAAUAUGGAGUAGGAGACCUUGAGAUCAUCCUGCUGAUUUAGGGCUUCUCACCUGUUCUGUAAGAGCCUCUUGACAUGAACACGCACAUGCACACACACAACACACACACACGUACUCUUGUAUAAUCACACAAUUUUGUACUAGAAGAUGAUGCCUGUGAUGUUUAUGGUCACUUAAUAAGUCUAAAAAUACACAGCCCACCUACAGUGACUAAUUAUUUCUUCCUAGAUGCUUGAAUCGUGAUUCUAGUCAGGGGUGAAGACUACCGUGGGUGGCUUGAGCCCAGCAGUAGGCUUUCCUUAGGCAUGGGUGCCAAAUAAAGCAGUGCCUACAGGAUGUCGCAUACCUGUGACUAGCCGUAAGCAGUAACCCUCUGGUACUGGGUCUGUGUUUAUGUAAAAACUGCCUCUUGGUUGGUAGUCUCAACUCUUAUUCGUAGAGGUAGGUACUGUUUAUUACUUUGCUUUCUCUUCUCCUAAAGUUCCCAGUACAUUUCUUUAGACCACCUGGCCCAUCUCUGACUGCUGGAUGUGGCUUUUUCUUUUGGCCAAGGUGCUUCCCCCUCAGCCGCAUCUACUUCGAAUCAUCCACCCGUGGGCUUUGUCAAUCUUGACACAUUUCUCCUGCUACCUUGCUUAAAGCUCUUUCUUUCAGCCUCACCACCAUGCCAAAGCUGCCUGGGUUUCCUACUGCCACCCAUGCCCUGAGGUCAAGCACCUGCAAAGGGGAUGGUGAGUGGAAUAGUGUGGGUUUCUGUGGUGCAAGCACAGCUCUGUGCCAGGAAACUGUUCCAAGUCUUCAGAGGGGCAACUUGCCUUCCGUUCAUUUUGAAUAUCGCUCAUUAGUGCCUCUGAUGACAUCACUCACAA